UGCGCUGUUAGCGUAGAGUAGGUGCUAUGUCAAGAUAGGUGAGUUACGCGUAUUGCGCAGCAGGAGAGUGCCCACUGUGAGAUCCGGCCGGGAAGAUGACAAGAGAAAUAAAGUAAAAGACGUGGAGAUGGUGCUGAUGGUUUCUGUGGCCUCUUGAGCCACUACCUAUCCUCGUUCUGACAUGGCCAGAGUCAAUAUAGCUCAGGGCAUAAUCCAUAGGCAAAUAAAGGAGAGGGGAGCACAAAGUUUCCAGAGACGUCAUCAUGUAACCGAUCCCUUUAUCCGUCGCUUAGGUCUAGAAGCAGAACUGCAGGGUCACACCGGCUGUGUCAAUUGUCUGGAAUGGAAUGAGAAGGGGAAUUUGCUGGCUUCUGGUUCAGAUGACCAGCAUAUGAUGAUAUGGGAUCCUUUCCACCACAAGAAGCUUCUGUCUAUGCACACGGGGCAUACAGCUAACAUCUUUUCUGUUAAAUUCCUUCCUCACUCUGGCGACCGCAUCCUUAUCACUGGCGCUGCAGAUGCCAAGGUCCAUGUCCAUGAUGUGAACUCUAGGGAGACUCUUCAUGUUUUUUCUGAACACACUAACCGGGUUAAACGCAUAGCUACUGCUCCUAUGUGGCCCAACACCUUCUGGAGUGCAGGCGAGGAUGGCCUGAUACGACAGUAUGAUUUGCGAGAGAGCAGCACACACUCAGAUGUCCUCAUUGAUCUAACAGAAUACUGUGGUCAACUGGUUGAGGCCAAGUGUGUAAGUGUCAGCCCCCAGGACAAUAACUGCUUGGCAGUGGGGGCUAGUGGGCCCUUCGUCAGGCUCUAUGACAUUCGCAUGAUUCACAGUCACAGGAAAAAUCUGCAGCAGACCCAGUCUGGGAUACACACAUUUUGCUCAAGACAAAAACCUAUCCCUGAGGGAGCUGCACAGUAUUAUGUGGCAGGACACCUACCCAUCAAGCUUCCGGACUAUAACAACCGGUUGCGUGUGUUGGUUGCUACUUAUGUAACCUUCAGCCCAGAUGGGACCGAGCUACUUGUAAAUAUGGGUGGGGAACAGGUAUACCUCUUUGAUUUGACAUUCAAGCAAAGACCUUGUACUUUCUUACUUCCUAAAUCCCACCAUAACUCAGGAGAUGUCCAAAAUGGAAAAACAUCCACUAAUGGACUUCAUUUGCACAGUAAUGGAUUUCGUGUGAAUGACACCAAGACCCUUGUAGGGUCCUCUCCUGAACUCCCACCACACCUGGAGAAAGUGAAGCAGAAAGCCAAUGAUGCCUUUGCACAUCAACAAUGGAGUCAGGCGAUUGAACUCUACAGCCAGGCUGUAAAGCGUGCUCCACGUAGCGCCAUGCUUUAUGGAAAUCGAGCUGCUGCAUAUAUGAAACGGAAAUGGGAUGGAGAUCACUAUGAUGCCCUACGAGACUGCCUGCAGGCACUGGCUCUUAACCCAGCUCACCUGAAAGCUCAUUUUAGAUUAGCCCGCUGCCUGUUUGAGUUACGCUAUGUGUCUGAAGCUUUGGAGUGUUUGGAGGAGUUCAAGAUCAAAUUCCCAGAGCAGGCACAGAGCAGUGCAUGUGAUGCUUUGGAUAGAGACAUCAGGGUUGCCUUAUUCUCAAAGACUGAAAAUUUGGAUGAUAAAAAAGGAAAUGUUCGUCUUCGGUCUGGAGUAAGGAAAGACUCUCUGUCUGAAGAUGAACUGCUGCUUAGAGAGAGAAGCUUGGAUUAUAAACACAGAUAUUGUGGUCACUGUAACACCACUACAGAUAUCAAGGAGGCUAGCUUCAUGGGGAGUAAUGCCCAGUAUAUUGUGAGUGGUUCGGAUGAUGGAUCAUUCUUUAUCUGGGAGAAAGACACUCGUGCUCUCAUCCGGGUACUCCAGGGUGAUGAAUCCAUUGUUAAUUGCUUGCAACCACAUCCAAGCUACUGCUUCCUGGCCACUAGCGGCAUUGAUCCUGUUGUCCGACUGUGGAGCCCUCGGCCUGAGAGUGAGGGACCAGACCGUCGAGUAGUGCAAGACAUGGAGAGUGCAUGCCAAGCCAACCAGCGGAGGAUGAAUGCUGACCCCCUGGAAGUGAUGCUGCUGAAUAUGGGUUAUAGGAUCACAGGACUGAGUGGGGGAGGACCAGGGACUGGAAGUGGGGGAUCUGACGAUGAGGAUACUGCCGAGGGACAAGUACAGUGCCGUCCCAGCUAACACUGCAAGGAGGGAGGUGCAUUGGGCCUAUAUUAGAAGCACCUAAAAAGGGAGUGAGGAAUUUGACCAUAUCUGGCUGGCCAUUCCUCUUGCUCACUCAGUAGUCUGUGUGUUUGGAGCCAUGUUUCUCCUAGCUCAAUUUGAGCCCGCGCAUUAGGAUAAAGGGGACACAGAAUCUCCCCUGCAAAACACACUUGCUUAUCCCAUCAUCAAGCUGCCCCUCCACUGUAGACUUUUGAAUAAACUGGAUAACUAGCACUGCACAAUCCCAUCUUGCAUUCUGAAGUAUCUUCUGCAGUGCACAUGACACAAUAAUGUGAGAUGAGAUGAGGAAAGGCAGCUGUGAUAAACUUCAGAUGGACGUGCUUUAUGGAUGUUCAACAAAUGUUUUGUUUAUGAUGCAGGAUUUAUUUGAAUUUGCAUUGUUGGCCCCUGUAGUAGAUAGUGUGUUCGGGGAGCCGUUUUAAGAGUAACUAUUCAAGGUUGAAUAUUUUGCAAGGCAAAUUGGUUCUAGGGUUAGGAUUUGGCUUUUAAGCUUGUUCCUUAUUGGAUGAAGUAUUCUACAGCUGUGGAUGUACGUGGUGUGGUUCUAUGCUUUUAUGAAUGCAAGUAAGCUGUCUGACUCUAGAUUUCAGUACCUAGAAGAAUGGACCGUAGAGGUAAUCCUGGAUGAUUAGCAUAAUGAAAAUUGUUUCCCUGGACCCAUCUAGUUGAUUUCAGUUGAUAUAGAUUCAGGACACAGAAGGCUUCUAUGGUUUGCUCAGGCCCUAUCACAGUUCUAUGAGGGGUAUUUGCUGCUACUCCCUCACCUGUUUAUAAGCUGAAAUAAGGCUGUGUUGUAGGUCUACUUCCUGGUUUGUAUUUGAUGUAUAUCAAUAAAAAUUUCUUUAUUUCCAAGCAGAA